AUGAGACCCUCUGGGCUAGAUAUAAAGACCGUGUGCCAGCCGCAUCAUCGCUUACUUCUCUUACCUCAUCUGCCACAUCUUCCACCUCUACGCCAUUCCAUCCAUCGCCAACUUCAGCAUUCGAUCUACAGUACUAAGCCCAUCAACAUGCCUACCUACAUCGUUACUUGCAAGGAGGACGCCACCCCUGAGCAGUUCCAGGCAGCUAAGAAGCACGCCGAGGAGCAAGGUGGAAAGAUUGGACAUGAAUACAGCUUGAUUAAGGGGUUCUCUGUCGAGUUCCCUGAGGACCAGAUCUCGACCCUUGAGAAGCACGAGCAUGUCAAGCACGUUGAGAAGGACCAAGAAGUUCGAACGCAAUAA